AUGUUUUUUUUUGGUUUUUGGCAGGGCGCUUGUAUGUCUCUGAUCCAUGUGGCCCUCAUAUCGGCGGCAGCUGGUCGAGGUACCCUGGACUGGCUAGACUGCAGGGGUCCUCCCUUCGCGGCUUCCUGGGCGGAGCUUCAGGCUGCUCUGGCGGUUCAGCUGAAGCACACACCGGAUUUGCUUUCGUUUGUUCAACCACUGCAUCCGGUCAUCGUGAAGUAUGCAGAGGACUUGGAGCCUGUGUGCCAGGCGCGGAAGGACGUUGCGGCUUUGUUGGCUUGGACAGGCCAGACACAUCAGUCGGACUAUGAAGCCAUGGGCUCUUUGAGAUGGUGGAUCAACUCGUCCUAUCAAGUUGGACAUUCACAAGAAGACGGCUUCUGCCUCUACGGCUGCGUGGCGGUGCUGUUCCUCCUGGCCUUCAACGAGUUGGCCUGGCUCAGCGUGACGCCCACCGAGCCCACCGAGGCGCAAGCGGAGAAGAGCCUCCAGUACAUUUUCGUGAGCCUCCACUACGCGCGCUCGCUGCUGGGUGACCAUUCCACGCUGGAUUUGAUCUCUACCAGCUCGUGGCCGGCGCAUUUAUCCUCUGCCAUCACUGACCUCUUCGUGAAAGCGGAGGCCUUGGUGACAGGCCCGACGCUGCCAGUAGAGAAAACAACGUGGUCUUCCUUGGAAUUGGCGAGGGCUUGGCAGCCCUGCGAUCCGCUUUUGCACCAGGGGUGCUUCACGCACCCUGGAGGUGCCGUGAAGCACCAACGAGCAAACGGGGCUCCUUUGGUCAUGCUCCUGCUUGGCGAGCACGCGCCGUUUGCAAACACGGUCUGGCUAUGCGUCCAGUCGGCUGCCAUUGCCCUGAGCAUGUCUCUGCGCCCGAUCUUCGUGGGCACUUUUUACGGCUGCAAAGGACUGCCAAGUGGCUGUGAGAAUGAUGCCGCGAAGGACUGGUUCAGGGCAUGGAUGAAGAGGUGGCCACUGAGUGAAGGAGAUGCCCUGCAGGUGGGCGAUAUUGGCAAGGAAGCCGCGAGUCUUGUACACGCCAUCCACCAGCACCCGGACCCAGAUGCAGGCCGCCCGGACUUCAUUCUUUGCGGGGACACAGUCCUCUUCUGCUGGCUUUUGCGCCAAGCCCAGAUGUUCCGCCAUGUCCCCGCGUUGCACAUGUAUGGCAUGGUCUUCCUGCAGUACGUCCCCUUUGCCUGGCGUCGGCACAUGCUGCAGGACUUUGGGCACUGGUGGACGCAAGAGCGAGACGACUCUCAGCCUGCUGGAGUCCAAAUCGAGGUGCUGAGCCUUCAACUCCAAUGGCAGAUGGGCAUUGCCCUGCCUUUCGUGCCAAGUGCUGGCACGUCAGAUGCUGCGGGAGUCCUCUACCAAUCAAAACCAGGACAGCGCUCCGUGCUAGUGCUGAAGAGCGGCUUCUUUGCCCUGGCGCCGGGUCAGGUCUUCAGCGCGGUCCUGCGACGCCUUGGGGACGAGAGCGGCAUUCGUUGGAAUCACUGGGGCUUCGAGAGCCGCGAAUUCCUGAACUUCGCUGCCAUGGCCUCACACUCCUGCGCACUCUAUGUGGCGCCAGAGUUCUCACAGUUGCUCUUGCGAGACGUGUAUGGCAUCGGCUUGCCAAUGUUCGCGCCGACUUUCGCGUGGCACCUUCGCCUGCUGCAACACAUGUUUGCCUCCUGGGGCCAGCUGCACACCGAGCAUGACAUUGGCAGAAGGUGGGAAGACAAGCUGGAGCAGAAGGAGGGCCCCGGAAUCUUCCAGGCGGAUCUCUGGCCCUUCGGGCCCUUCUACAACCCCGCGGAGCACACGCCUGAACAUCUCGCCUUCUGGAUGCCCCUGGCCGAAGUUCAUCGAUAUCCCCACAUGUUGUACUUCGCGUCUCUGACGGAGCUGUUGCACUCCAUCGAGACAGUUGAUCUGGGGCUUCAGAGCCUGCGUAUGCAGGAGCAGAAUCGAAUCAUUGCGGCAAAUGUCCGGAGGUUCUACCGGCAAGCACUUCAGCAAAUGCUUCGUUAG